CUUUCUGGUUAACAAUUUUAAAUAGUCUACUUUUUAACGUUGUACAAUGCAUCACAAUGAGUAUCGACUUUAUGUUGACACAUCAAAAUUCAUUUUUCGGAAAUGUAGUCAAAUGGAAAUAAAAAUAUACCUGAGGUUGACUAAUGAGGAUACUAAAUGUUUCCUCUGCAUUAGUUUUCAAAAUAAAGACAUUCCCAUAAAUAUUCUUGGAGCAUGGAUUCAAGUUGGGGAAGCUGACUGUCCUCAUGAAGCUAAUCCUGGAGACCGAAUAAUCGUCUUGUUGAAGUCAGAAUUCUUAUGCUGGAACAGUAAUUCAUCUGAAAAUAAAUUUCAAUAUAUUGACAUUCCGGAGAACAAUCAAUCUGUAGCAAAAACUGUAGAAUGUAGUAUGCUGAAGACUGGAGUGUUCAGCAGUUCAGUAAUUGGCAAAAUCACCUUCAAAAAGCAUUUCAGCAAUUCAUACCCUCAGAUAAUAUCAGAAGUCACACUAGAUAUGCAUAAAUUCUCUGACUCGCUGUCACGAAAAGAUAAUCUCUGGACUGUAAGGAGCUUGUAUGACCUAGCCUCACUUUAUGGAUACGUAAAAUCUCCUUUCAAAUGGCACUAUUUGGCUGAGUUACUCGGCUUGACUUCGAAAGAAAUUGAAGAAAUCGACCGGUCGCUCUUACAGGACGAAUAUUUCAUCUCUGAUUCUAAUGAAGCUCAAAUGAGUUCUGUAACACCUAGGAGAAUUUUUUGCCUAUUAUUGUCUAACUUUCAAAAACUUGGUGGUAGCCUAUCACAAGUGGCAAAUAUUUUGCAUUCAGAUACACAACGUAAGAAGCAGAUUGCCAAAAAACCUUCACAACAAAGUGAAUGUCUAAGAAUUCUUGAAAGCAGCCCAAACAUUCAUAACUGUCAGAUGCGAGACAGACAAAAGGACAAAAAUCUUUUCUCUAUCCCGGGGCAAAUUUACCCCUUUCAUGACAACGCAAAGGGAACUUGUUAUUCAAAUCAACAGAAGAAGGAUUUAUCCCCUUUCCCAAAUAAUCGUCAUGAUGAUGUUGAGAUUUACAACACACCUGAAGAUGAUCUAUGCACAAACAAAAUGGGAAGGAAUAUGAGUCAACCAAAAAGAAGGAUCUGUAGAAAUGGUAGUCUUGACAGAAUGAUGAACUGUCAAAAAUCAUGGCUGAGGCACGCUAGACGAAGAAAUAGUUUACCUGAAACUAGUAAACCAGAUGACUCUAAUCAUGAUUUUUCUUCACUCACAUUCAAUCUGUCAAAAGAUCUUGAUAACUUUAUUGAAUUCGGAACGCCUAUAAAGCGUGCUUCAUCUUGUCUUAAUUCAGAUAAAGAAUCAUCAGAAUGUACUCCAAAUAAAAGGCAGAGAUUGGGAGACAAUAAUGCCUGUCAACCUGUUGGUGAAAACACUCGCCGACCUAAGAUAAUGACAAAACGUAGAGCUGAGAAAUCAAUUCGUCAACGUAAAGGAAAUCAGACAUUACUGCCCAACUUAUGGCAACCACCGGCUAUCUUUCCAAAUAAAACAACAGAGCAAAUCUUAAAUGUUGUACAUGCCAAAAUCGAAGAAAAUAGGCGUGAAACUGAAGCAAUUCAAAGAAAUGUGAAAUCAUUCCUAGAGAAAUUACAAUCCCCAGUGCAAAAGAUGCCAGAUUUUGUCGAAUCUAAACAUGAUGUCAGGGAAAAUAAUUCAAUGUUUCUAUUUUCAGACAAAACUCUUGAAGAUGAUAAUAUAUGGAAUAUUGUCCAUUUAUGUAACAGCUCUAUAGGACCUAACUGGAAAACUUGGCUUAAAAUCUGCUUUCCAACAUACAGCGAAUCUAAUCUAUCCGACAAUACUUUUUCGAAGAUUUUGAGUUUUAGUGAAAUCGAUGAUCGACUAACAUCUUAUCUUAUUUUAUCAAAUUGGAUAGAAACAAACUCGAAUCCAGCUACAGAUACGAAGCCAACUCUUUUAAAUUUAUUUCAGAGGCUGACAUCUUCGGGUUACAGCGAAUUUGUAGAGUUAUGUAAAAAGAAACUUUUCCGCAUAUUUCCACAUAAAAGAAGUUUUAUUUAUUAAUUUUUUUCAAUCUAAUUUUAAAUUAACAUUUUCUGUGAUAUUCUGCAUUUAUAAUAAGAUGAAGCAUAAUUUUAUUUACCUGAUGGAAGUUAUACUACUUUAUAAUAGUUUGUGGAA